GUGGGUUACCGCGCUGAGAACCUGCAGCCCUAGCUUGUAACUCUCGGAUCCUGUGUCCUGCUGCAUUGUCCUGUCCCUCAGGAUGCUGGCCGCCCGGGCUCCCCGCCUCUGCUAGGCAGUGGCACUAUGGAUGGUGCUCUUGUGACGACCUCUGCUGAUUCCAUCAGUCCACUGCGGACAGGCAUGCUGAGUAAUUCUGCUGUAAAUGGGCGAGGACGUGGACACGCGAAAAAUUAACCACAGCUUUCUCAGGGACCACAACUAUGUGACUGAAGCUGAUAUCAUUUCUACAGUUGAAUUUAACCACACAGGAGAAUUGUUGGCUACCGGGGACAAGGGGGGUCGAGUUGUUAUAUUCCAAAGGGAGCCUGAGUGCAAGAAUGAACCUUACAGUCAGGGUGAAUACAAUGUUUACAGCACUUUUCAGAGCCAUGAGCCGGAAUUUGAUUAUCUGAAGAGCUUGGAAAUAGAGGAAAAAAUUAACAAGAUUAAGUGGCUGCCCCAGCAAAAUGCAGCCCACUCCCUUCUGUCGACAAAUGAUAAAACAAUCAAAUUAUGGAAAAUUAGUGAACGGGAUAAAAGACCAGAAGGAUACAACUUAAAAGAUGAAGAAGGCAGAUUAAAAGACCUUUCCACAGUGACCUCAUUACAGGUGCCUGUUUUAAAACCCAUGGAUUUAAUGGUAGAGGUCAGCCCAAGAAGAAUAUUUUCUAAUGGUCACACCUAUCAUGUCAAUUCCAUUUCCGUCAACAGCGACUGUGAGACAUACAUGUCAGCUGAUGAUCUCAGGAUUAACCUCUGGCACCUGGCAAUCACAGACAGGAGUUUUAAUAUUGUGGAUAUCAAGCCGGUAAACAUGGAAGAUCUGACAGAAGUGAUCACAGCAGCAGAAUUUCACCCCCAUCACUGCAACCUUUUUGUGUACAGCAGCAGCAAAGGAUCGUUACGGCUGUGCGACAUGAGAGCUUCAGCACUCUGCGACAAGCACUGUAAACUUUAUGAAGAGCCAGAAGACCCGAACAACAGAUCAUUUUUCUCAGAAAUCAUUUCUUCAGUUUCAGAUGUCAAAUUUAGCCACAGCGGACGUUAUAUGCUCACAAGGGAUUACCUCACUGUCAAAGUCUGGGAUUUAAAUAUGGAAACGAAACCCGUUGAAAUAUACCAGGUUCAUGAUUACCUUAGAAGCAAGCUGUGUUCCCUAUAUGAGAAUGACUGCAUCUUUGACAAAUUUGAAUGUGCCUGGAAUGGUUCAGACAGUGUGAUCAUGACUGGCGCCUACAAUAAUUUCUUCCGAAUGUUUGACCGAAACACUAAACGAGAUGUAACCUUGGAAGCGUCACGAGAGAGCAGCAAGCCUCGCGCAGUCCUUAAGCCACGCAGAGUUUGCGUUGGUGGGAAGAGAAGAAAGGAUGACAUAAGUGUGGACAGCUUGGACUUCACCAAAAAGAUCUUGCACACGGCCUGGCACCCAACAGAAAAUAUCAUUGCCAUAGCAGCGACAAACAAUCUGUAUAUAUUUCAAGAUAAAGUGAACUCAGAGAUGCGCUAGGAUUGUUAUUUUUCCUUUAACCCUUUGAGUGCUAGAGAGGGAUACAAUCCCUUUGGUAGCCAAGAGUUUAAUUAUUAACCAGCCUAUCUCGAUAUGUUUCAUUUGGCUGUGACCAUUGCAAGAGAGUCAUCUUAAGGGUGGAACUGAUUGUUAUGACACUCUUCCUUAGCAACCGGCAAUGUAGGGUGUUCUAGGGACCUCUAGUGGAAGAUAUUAUUUUUACAGCACUUAAGCUGUUCAAAUGAAAGUGAUUUACUAAGGUCAAAUGCAGUUAGUAUUUAGUUUUUACACUGAAGUGACUUUGGCAUCAGAAUGGUCACUUUAUUUGUAAGCCUGUAGUUUAUUUUUUCACAUUAUUAUGGGUUUGGCCAUUUUUUUACUUUUUUGCAAUAAUAUUUUAUUUCAAUACAAACUAGUAGCAUCUAUAGAACUGCAUUUUAUGGAGAAAGCUGUAGUGGCAGCCAGUUCUGAAUCAAAGACGUGUUUGAUGUAUAAAUGAUAUUCAGUUUAUUAAAUCAUAUUCCACAUUUAUGUAUCUUGCAUCAUUAGAUUUGAGUAAAAACCAUGCAUGAUAUAUAAGCUGGCAUUAAGUGCAUUAACAGGUUAUCAUAACUUAAUAUAUACAUAACACUUUUUUUAUUCU